AGUGGAGAACAAAAACGAAGCAGCCAUGUCUGAGCUGGUCCCAGAGCCACGACAAAAACCAGUCGUACCAAUGAAACCUAUGGGCAUAAACGCCAACUUGCUGGGCUACAUUGGUAUUGACACCAUCAUUGAGCAGAUGCGCAAGAAAACGAUGAAGACAGGUUUCGACUUCAACAUCAUGGUUGUAGGUCAGAGUGGACUGGGAAAAUCGACGCUGGUGAACACCCUCUUCAAAUCCCAGGUGAGCCGCAAAUCUUCAGGAUGGAACCGGGAGGAGAAAAUCCCCAAGACGGUGGAGAUCAAAGCCAUUGGGCAUGUCAUUGAAGAAGGUGGUGUCAAAAUGAAGCUGACAGUGAUCGACACGCCAGGAUUUGGGGACCAGAUCAACAAUGAGAACUGCUGGGAGCCUAUUGAGAAAUACAUCAAUGAGCAAUAUGAAAAAUUUCUGAAAGAGGAGGUGAAUAUUGCAAGGAAGAAACGAAUUCCAGACACGCGAGUGCACUGCUGCCUCUACUUCAUCUCCCCCACAGGCCACUCCCUGCGGCCUUUGGACCUGGAAUUCAUGAAGCAUCUCAGCAAAGUAGUGAACAUCAUCCCGGUUAUUGCCAAGGCUGACACCAUGACCUUGGAGGAGAAGACUGAAUUCAAACAAAGAGUGCGCAAAGAGCUAGAAGUAAAUGGGAUCGAGUUUUACCCCCAGAAAGAAUUCGAUGAGGACUUGGAGGAUAAAACAGAGAACGACAAAAUCAGGCAGGAAAGCAUGCCCUUUGCAGUAGUGGGCAGUGACAAGGAGUACCAAGUGAAUGGCAAAAGAGUCCUGGGCAGGAAAACACCUUGGGGAAUCAUUGAAGUGGAAAACCUCACUCACUGUGAAUUUGCCCUACUUCGAGAUUUUGUCAUCAGGACCCACCUUCAGGACCUGAAAGAAGUGACCCACAACAUCCACUAUGAGACCUACAGGGCCAAGCGGCUGAAUGACAACGGUGGGCUGCCCCCCAUGACUGUUGAGACAGAGGAAAACCACGAAAGUAAUCUGUGAAUGACACACACACACCCACCCCCCCGCUGUCACCCAGUGUCUCU